UCACCAAUCGGCUUCUCGCUCGCACAGAGUGGACCAAUCAGCGACAGCCUUUGAUGAAUAUUCAUGAGUCCGAGAUUCAAACCUUUGAGCGAGUUUGUCUCGGUCCACAGCAUCACUCCCAGGACUUUUUCACAGGCGCAAACUGCAUUUUCUUAUGAAUGGAAGGAGAAAAAAUCAGGCCGGCUUAAAUUGGGACCCGUCCUUUCGCUGAGAUCACAGAAGGAGGAAAACAACAAAAGCGCGGAGGAGACAGGAGGGAACCGCCAGAAGAGAUGACAAUGACCACGAUUCCAGAAGGUCUUAAUAGCCCUGCAUCAGGAAAAGCCGUUUUCAUGGAGUUUGGACCCCCGAGUCAACAAAUGUCUCCUUCCUCCAUGUCUCACGGACACUAUCCCAUGCACUGUUUACAUUCUGCAGGUCACACGCAGCACGACAGCUACAGCCCAGCCUCGUCGUUCCCCAGAUCUCUGGGUUAUCCGUACGUAAAUUCCGUCGGCAGCCAUCCCACAAGUCCAUAUCUGAGUACAGUACAGACUUACCAAAACAGCUCGGGGCUCACACAGACGCGACUGGAGGACCCAGCGGCACCAGAAGCUGAGAAGAACACAGUAGUGGAAGGCGGGGAGGUGCGAUUUAACGGCAAGGGGAAAAAGAUUAGAAAACCAAGGACUAUAUACUCCAGUUUACAGCUCCAAGCGCUCAACAGGAGAUUUCAACAAACGCAAUACUUGGCGUUGCCGGAGAGGGCUGAGCUGGCAGCGUCGCUGGGUCUCACUCAGACACAGGUAAAAAUUUGGUUUCAGAAUAAACGCUCCAAAUUCAAGAAACUAAUGAAGCAAGGCGGCAGCACAAUCGACACCAACGUUUUAGCCACCGGUCGUGGACUUUCCACCGGCUCGCCCACCGUGGCACCGGUAUGGACGUCGCCGACCACCGUGAAGACGUCGGUGGGCACUACGGGCUCUUACAUCCCCAGCUACACCUCGUGGUACCCGACCACACACCAAGAGUCUAUGCAACAGUCGCAGCUCAUGUGAGCCGAUGCUCCAGCGUCAAGGACGGUGACAGACCCCGCAGCCGCCCGAGUUCGGCCUCGGCAUUGAUGAUGCUCCACGAUAAAAAUAAUAAUGAUAAUUUUAAAAUAAAAAUAAAAAAAGCUGCCGCAUCCCGCGAGCUGACAUGGAGGCCUCCUCGUGCCAGCUAGUAGAGAAGAGGGAGGGAGAAGCUAAAAGUUGGGGGCGGGGGGACGCUGAGAGAGCGAAAAGGCGCACAAUGCACCCACGCAGGGCAGCAAGUCCGUGGCAGUGGGUAUCAAAACGAGAAAAAAAACAAAAAAAGAUCUACAUUUUUCUUUUCUUUAUUUUUUCCUUUGGCUGCUGUUGUUUACGUUUAUUUUAUUUUAUUUUAUUUUAUGUUAUUUUUUUUCUUAAAGUCGAAUUGGUGUGAAGAAUUUUGUUGUUGAGCUGUAGGCUACAUGUUUAUGAGAAAAGCUUUUUUGUUUACGACCUAAAACCAUGCAUUAACACCUGAGGGCCAAUCAGGCCUCAGCAGUGAAGGCUUUAAACCAAAUAACCGAUCCCAGACUCAACCGGUCAGGCCGCCCAGCGUACAGCAUAACACAACCACAGUAAAUCCUCGCGUCGCUGUGUUGUUUCUAUGUGUUUGUUAUUUAAGUUAAAUUAUUCAGACUUGUCUGUGUUCAUUUUGUGUGCGUGUUUGAGAUGACAACACUGUGUUGUUGAAAUGCUGCACUAACGCAAGCAGAGCUUCUUCUUUUUCUAUGCCGUGCCCCGAUUUUAUGUGAACAAAUGUAAAAGGACAGCCGAUUCGCUGCUUUUGAGAGAGAGAAAAAAAAAAUCCAGAGGACGAGCAGCUAUAACUUGUCACUGUAUUUUGUGUAUAAUUUUCAGAUACGUUUUAUUUUUUUUUUAUUUUUUAUUUUUUUUUUUAUUAUUAUAAUUAUUUGUGCUGUUACUGGAUACGCUGUGAAACAGGGUUUUAGGCUUUUUGUGUAUAUUACUCGUCGACAUGUGUUUUAGUCACCAUAGAGGAUAUUUAGUUUUGUAUUGAUCACUUAAUUUAUUUAUCUGUUUCUGGAGUUUUUUAUGUACAUAAAAGUGAAAAAAGUUUCAAAAGCAGUAAAAUAUGAUUUAAAUUAUGUUUUAAGCACGGUGUCUGAUUCAACCCUCUCUUCCUGUGCACCACCUCCUCUUCCUCUUCCUCCUCCUCCUCUUUUCCACAGCGCCGUGCAGCUUUAAUGCGAGCUGACACAAAGCAGGAUCAUGUUGGCUGUUGUAGCAGACACCAUUUGAGCCGCAAAAAGGCGCCCCGUUUAGAUUAUGGCCAUGUUUAACAAUCGGCCCUACAUGCCUUUGUCCAGUGAAUGCAGAUGUGAUAAAACAUUUGGAAAGAACUACAAAUUAGAAAUGCAGAUUCACUUGUAAAAAUUAUUGCGUCCAUUCGUGACCCUAGAAGCAUAUUUACUACACCUUAAUCUGUAAUAUGUACAUUUAAAACCAGAGCUAUUAAUAUAUGUAUAUAUUUAGUUUUUGCCACGAUAGAGAUUAUUUAUGUUCCAGAUCUGUAAAGGGUUCAAACAGCGUGAAAAUACUAUUUGGUAAAGCACAACAACUUAAACAGUAGUAACAAAGAUCGACACAACGGGCUUCUUGACUGGACAUAUGGCAUAUAAAUAUUUGAACUACCUUCCAAGUUUGCGUAAUUUUGUUGUUGUUGUGAUGCCACAAAAAUACCUGCACUCUUUCUUAAAAUUAAAAAGAAAAACGAACAAGCAAACAAAAUUCUAAUGAAAUUAAAUGUUAUGAUUUUAUAAAACAGGAAAAAACACAUUAGGAUCGCAUGAAAUGCACUGCUAUUGGGAGGGCAGAAUGGAAAGAAAAAGAAAAUGCAAUACAAAUUUCUGUAUUUUCACAUUGGCAAGAAAAACAAUGAUCAACUAAAGCUUUUAAAUCGUCUCCUUUUUAUAUUUAUAUAAGUAGAAAUAAUAUGUUGGAGAGAUGUUUUACUAAAAAGACGCAAUUUACUAAU